ACCAAAAUGGGAUCAUCUUGUACAAUCAGAGCUUUAGGUUCAACCCUCCAAAGAUUCACUUCCGGUGUCUCUUCCAAAUGCCCCAACUCUUCGGCCAGGACUGGUUUGCUGAGUAGAAGCUUGUCAUCUUCAUCUUCCAUUUCACCAUUGCCUUCUUUAUGGACUUCGACGCCUGUAGGAAGCAUCCCCGGAGAAAGAAGAACCAUCCGGACCGUCUCUCCUCUCUCCAUGGGCCGACGCUCCAGCAAAAUCGCUGGCCGAAAGGGGGCGCAAGACGCGAAGAAGAUGAAGCUGUAUUCCAAGAUUGGGAAGGAACUGGUGUCUGCUUUGAGGAAGGGCGGUCCGAAUCCUGUGACCAACACAGCCUUGGCUAGUAUAUUGGAGAAGGCCAAGGAGCUUGAUGUACCCAAGGAAAUCAUCGAUCGCAACAUUAAGAGAGCAUCUGAGAAGGGACAAGAAGCUUACAUUGAGAAAGUUUACGAGGUAUAUGGUUAUGGCGGAGCUAGCAUGGUGGUUGAGGUAUUGACAGAUAAAAUAACCCGAUCUGUGGCAGCUGUUAGAGAGGUUGUAAAGAACUGUGGCGGGAAGAUGGCAGAUCCAGGAUCUGUUCUGUUCAAAUUCAGGCGUGCUCGGGUGGUAAACAUAAAAGUUUCAGAUGCUGACAAAGAUCAGCUCCUCUCCAUUGCUUUAGAUGCUGGUGCUGAGGAUGUUAUUGAACCGCCAGCAUAUGAAGAUGAUACCGAAGAAGAUCAAUCAGAACGAUAUUACAAGAUUGUGAGUGACUCAGAAAACUACUCAGCAAUACUUUCAAAGUUACGUGAUGAAGGAAUCAAAUUUGAGACAGAUAAUGGUUCUGAGCUACUUCCAAUAAGCCCUAUUGAGGUAGAUGACGAGGCUGUGGAUUUGAAUAAGGAACUUAUGACCAAUUUACUUGAACUUGAUGAUGUUGAUGCCGUUUAUACAGACCAGAAAUGA